AUGUUUCGGCUGAAACUAUCUAAAUUCAAACAGGCCUUCGCUGUUGCCAUUUUACCAAGAAUUCUUGUAAGGGAAUUCAGACCCGUGAAGAAGAAGAUAAAUAAUUAUACGUUUGAUGUGUUCAAUAAAUUUGGUAAAAGCACGGAUUCUGGAUCCAAAGAUGAAGUGACAGACAAGCAGAGGCAGAUCAUAGACAAGUGUUUCGGAGAACACGAGCCCGAGGGGAAGUACCAGGGAGAGGAAAAGGAGAUAAGUAGAUCCCCAGAAGCUGAAUAUGUUCGAUGUUCUGAAUGUAGACAGAACGAAGAAAAGGCUUCCUAUGACGCAUACAACGCUGAAGUACAAACUAAUGAGGAAGCAGCUAGCGUUAAGGCGACAACGGCGAGGAUUAUAGAUGAAGCAUUAGCACAGAAAGUGGAAAAAAUUGACGAGACACCCCACGUUGAAGCCAGUCCCAAGGAUAUUGAGGGUUUCAACUCAACACCAAAGGUCAUGGGACACGACAUUGAGUUCUUUGCUAAUGAGAAAAUCCAACAAAUUGACCUGGACGAUCUCGCCAAGCGCUGCGUCGGUGCCCCCAUUGGUAAUAUAGACGAAUUGCUGUUAAAAGAGAUGAAAAAUAUGUCUCUUAAAAACUGCCAAUCCGACUUGGAUAUGAAUCUAGUUAGAGGACAUUGCGUUGAAAAGUAUUACAGUGGAAUAUUUGAACAUUUGACGCAACAGUCGAAAACUUUAGAUAAAACGGAGAAAAAGGAUGGGAAUGAGGUGACUAAUCCCCUGGAUUUGUUUUACGAUAACAGCAUCAGUCCGGAGAAAGAGUUAAAAUCUGAAAGGAUAACUCCACUGCAUACUGAUUCUCUCCAUUUAUUUACAAUAGAUGAAGGGUAUAAAGAUUUUAAAGAGACUGGUUUAAUUCGCGACAGUUGUAUGGAUUUCACGACGGAUGUCAAAGACACUUACUACAAUCAGCCCGAAGUAUUGACUCCGUACGGUGGCCCUGUUUUCCCUUUUUAUGAGUAUGGUACUAAGGAACCGAUUAUACUUGAACAAUUUAAAGAAACAACUACAGCGACGGUUGCAGAAACUGGUUUAGCGUCUAAUAUUCCAGAAGCACAAGAUAUACAUGUUGGGAAAGAAGAUAGUAUUGUAAGGGACAUAGAUCCGCUUCACAGGGAUUUAUCACGUGUAGUAGAACCAUCGAAAGCAGAAAGACAUGCAAAGGAAGAAGAGUUUAGUUAUAUCACAGACAAAAUCGGAAAAAUGACUCGAAAGGAGAAAACGCGACCAAAGGUAUCAAGUAUAGACGAAUGUUCAGGUGAGAGCCCGUUUACAACAAGGAAUCAAAGUUAUCUUAAACUGAAUGAUAUUUAUCUAAAUCCCAACCAAAUUGGAACACUCGCUAAGGUCGAAAUGCUAAAGCUGCUCUAUUUGAACGCUAGUAAAGCUAGGAAUUACCAAUCACGACUAUAUUCGACACCAUCAGAAUUUUCAACUGGAGAUGAAAUGAAUCAAGAGCAAAAUUCUGCGAUAUCCGGUAGAUUGGAUCAAGAAUUUUCCUCUAGAGAAGGGAACUCGGGUGUCGACUUGCCAACAAACUCUGCGAUUUCCGCCAACCAAAAUCCAGGGGAGUAUUAUACAUUGAGCGACCUCCAUGAAUCUUUGAACUUUCUACAUGAGCCAUGGCCGACUUUGACUGCAGACUGCCACAAUAUUCAUUCGGCAUUAUGGACUCCAUUACACAAAAACGACGAAUGUUACACACAUGACUCAGACGAUACUAUACACGAAUUAGGAUACCCAAUUGUGUUGCGAGAUCCAUUUUCUUACGUGUGUUCCGAGCAAGUCACCCCGCAGAAAACUGUAUUGGAUACCUUGAAUGAACAAAUAUCAUCUGCAACCGCUGACAAAAUCACUUUCUCAGCGGAUGCUGAUGUCACAACAAAAACUGAUGAUGGUAGACCGCUGUCGGAGGUUUUGAAACAGAUCCGGAAUAAAAAUCGUUUAGAGUUCUGCCGCAAUCUUCUCCUGCAAUGCGCUAAGCCGAACGCGAAAAAGCUUACGUGUUUUCCGCCCCUUGAUAGAAGCAAGCCGAGAACUAACCUCUAUCCUCGCCCAUGCCAACCGAAACCCAAGGAGAAGCCAGACAAUAAACCUGAGCCGUGUAGGCCUAAGAAAGAUCCCUGCGCUAAAUUUUUGCCAUUCCUCUUUAGCACCCUCGUCAGAUCCGAAAUCGCAAUAAACAUUCAAGCAAUGAAACCUCUCUACCAUGUAUGUGCUUACAAGACCAUGGUGGCCGAUGAAAUUGUAGAACGGUUGCGCAAUUUGUACAAGAGACUGCAAUUCGUUAAAUUCAAUCGGGAUAUUAAUUUUGCGAAAGAUGCAAACUGUGCUAGAGAUUUUGAGCCAUGGAUCCCGAUACCUUCAUGGCCAGUGCCGAAAGUUGAGAAAAAGAGGCCGUUCGUCUGUCCCAAAGAAGGAUGCAAGCAGUUCCCUGUUCCUCAAACGAAUCCUCCGAAGCAAAAACCCUGUCCCGGAAUGCCCAGGAAGAGGUUCUCUUUCGCUGCCAUCAACACACCUGAGAUUCUAAUCAACUAA